UUUUUAAAAAUAUCUAAAGUAUUGAAUACGAGAAGACUUUAGAAAAAUGAAUGUGACGCGUUUUAGUUUUAGACACACACCACAUUACUUCAUAAACUUGUCAGUUUACCUUUCCAGAAGUUUUGCAAUGGAUACUUUAUCUGCUGGAAAGGAAAUCAGUUACAAAGAGGCUUUCGAUUCUGGUCCCAAUAAAAGUUUUGCUGAUCGCAUAAUUCCACAUAUUCUGCGUCUAUAUGGAUCCUGUGCCACGUCUCAUGAUUUUGAAAUCUAUGCUCAGGAUGCUUCUUUUGAGGAUCCCCUUAUGCGUGCACAUGGGUAUUUGGUGAGUCAAAGAUUGUGGAAUACAGUGUUGAAGAAAAUAUGGUUUCACCAGAUAUUAAUUGACAAUAAGCAACACUAUAAAUUCUUGGGGAAGGAUAUAGAUAUGGUAUCGCUUAUCAAGUUGUCUGUUGAGGAGGGUAAAGUUGUUCGCCAUGAAGACUGGUGGGACAAAAAACCAAUUUCUAAUCGAGAUACAGUAAAGCUGCCAUUGCUUGGCCGAGUUGCAGAAAUGACUCGCAGGGGAUCAAUGCUGGCAACUCAUGUGUUUAUGAGGUUCGGGAAGGACCCAACUGUGUGAAUAACAAGAAUUGAUCGAGCUUUAUUUUACACGGGUAUGUGCAUGAGACUUGAUACUAGGCGUUGCUUGGCAAGGUUGUGUCGCCGUGUUUUGUCUGUUCUUGUAGCUUUGAUGAAUGCUGAACUUUACUGUGGAACUUAAUUUGUGGAACAUGAAGUUCCAAAUCCCAGAUAAGUAUAAAUGUAGUUGUCUCCUAUUUGUAUUUAUAAUUCAAACCAUAUUAAUUAAUACCAUACUACUUUGUGUAUAUGGUGCUGUUUUUGUUCUGUGCAAAGGUUUUAAUCCUUGUACUUUCUUCUAUAACUUUUGGUAAUACUAGUUUGGUUCUUUC